AUGCUCCCGGUUCCAUCGGCCGUCUCGGCGGCGGCAACGUCAUCGCCAUCGGACGCUGCAUCGACGCUGCUGGUUCAUCUCUGCCGCGGGACCGACGAGGCUGCCAAUGGCGCGAGCAGGUGUAGUCAGGCCGACGAGUCGGCGGCCAAGACGGCGGAUGCCGGUGCAAGUGGAGAGAACGUCGAUAGCUCACUCUGGCGGCUUGAUCCCGGCUACCACGCCCACAUCCACGAGCUCUUUCCGCUCCCUCUCGACUCUGGGAGCGAGGUGACGACGGCCAACCUGGAGCUGCCGUCGGACCACAUCCACGGGCCCAACUGCGGCCACGCCCGCAUUCUCCACGACGAUCACUUUGACUACCUCGUCGACUCGUGGCUCCACCACGUUGAGACUGGCGUCGACGAGUUCCACGGGCGUGUUCCGGAUCUAACUCCGCUCCCGCUUCCGCCCGUCUGCUCCACCGCUCCGCCGCCGAGCCCGAACAUUCCGCCUCUCCCGCCGCCGCCGACGUCGCGACGGUGAGCUAGGCUCGCCUGCACUGCGGUGUACGUGUACAGGUUAAAUUGUGUCUUUUCUGCUU